CUGUCAGAGUGAGCCAAACUGAAAAGCAAGUCGCCUGCCUUUUCUUUCUUUCUGUUCUUUUCGCCGGGUGUAUUUGUCUUUGUGCAGCUCAAUCUUCAGUUCGAUCAAGACAAAGAGAGAGAGAGAGAGAGAGAGAGAGAGAGAGAGAGAGAGAGAUCUUGAUGAUCGCAAAGCAUCAUUAAAGCUACAUCAGUUUCAGCAUGCAGGCUCUUCUCGCUCGUGCCGUGAUCGAGAUGUUUGUGCUGGCGUCGCUCGCGCUGCUCAUCCCCGCGCCGUCCGUGGGCUCUUCGUCCGAUUACGAGUACAUCUGGAGCUCGCGUGGGUACGAAACGAGCCGCUGUGUGGACAUUCCCGUGGAUCUGCGGCUGUGCCACGGCAUCGGCUACACGCAGAUGCUGCUGCCGAACCUGCUGGAGCACGAGAGCAUGACGGAGGUGAAGCAGCAGGCGAGCAGCUGGGUGCCGCUCGUGCACAGGAGGUGUCACGCGGGCACGCAGGUUUUCUUGUGCUCCCUCUUUGCGCCGGUGUGUUUGGAAAAAGCGGUUCAUCCUUGCCGAAAACUCUGUGAGUCUGUGCGUGACGCCUGCAGCCCCAUCAUGGAGGCGUUCGGCUUCAUCUGGCCAGAAAUGCUCAACUGCAGCAGGUUUCCACUCGAAGAAAAGGAAAUCUGUAUCAGUACAAACAACACAGAAACGCAUGAAGAAUCUGAACAGACACCAGCAUGUCCACCAUGUGACAUCAAGAUGAACACAGAUGUCAUUCUGGAGAACAUGUGUGCCAGUGAGUUCACUAUCAAAGCAAAAAUCAAGAAGACAAAAAUAGAAAAAGCAGACAAGAAGGUGAUACUAAACAAGAAGAGGAAAGCAGUGCGAAUUGGAUCUCUGACCGCUGGGGAACUGAAGAAGCUGGUGUUGUAUUUAAAAAACGGAGCUCUCUGUCCCUGUCAACAGCUGGACAAUACGAUGCGUCAUUAUCUCAUUAUGGGACGCAAAGUGGGAAAUCACUAUUUACUGACCGGCAUUCAUCAGUGGGACGAAGAGAACAUAGAUCUCAACAACCAACUCAAAACCCACACAUGUCCACUCAAUUCCAUUUAUGAAUUACUAACUGCACAAAAAAGGGACACACACUAGGACAUUCCUCUAGUGUUCAAUGCUUAGUCUAUAGACAUGCAGUCUCUCUUUUACUGAUCACAAUAGCUUAAUAGGGUGAUAUAAUAAAGAGUGAUAUACAGUAUAAUGGGUGAUGUGAACGAAUAAUCAUAUUGUGAUCUGUAGAAAACUUUAAUUCAUGAUAUGGAUCAAAAUGGCUGCAAAACAGAAUUGUGAAGAUUUGAAUUUGAUGUUUUUUAUUCUAAAUCUAUCAAAAAUGUUUUAAUAAUAAGAAAAUAGGUCAAACUUUUUCAUUUUACUUUUUUUAAAUAUUAUUUUUAAAUUUUAUAUAUUCAUUUGAGAAAAAUUCCUGUGUAAUUAAAAACCAACCAACCAACCAACCAAAACCCUAUUUUUUUCGAUAAGUGAAACAAUAUCAAUAAUACAUACACAAAUAUAUCGUCUUCUCACCCUGCCCUAACUUUAAUCCAUUCUUUAUCUUAAUAAUGACCAAUAUAAACCAUUUAUGAUAUAUAUAUAUAUAUAUAUAUAUAUAUAUAUAUAUAUAUAUAUAUAUAUAUAUAUAUAUAUAUAUAUAUAUAUAUAUAUAUACAGAAUGCCCAGCUGCUGUCAAGGCAUGUUUUUACUCUGUAAAUUAUUUUCACUAUAUGGAUAAUGAUUUGGAAUUCAUAUUUUCUCAGAUGUAAAAUCUCAGAUCUCAAUCACAGCAGAUUUUCUUCUAUUUGGAAGAAAAUGAUAUUAUAUUUUAACAUUGUUAGUGAGAUAUACUUUAAGGACAAACAGUAAUAUGUGGCUCCUUUUGUAACUGUUAUAACAAAUUUAAGGCACACAAUUGUAUAUGAUGUCUUUAGAUAUAAUAGCAUUCAAAUUUCUAUUAAUUUCAAUUAGGAGACCCAAGCCUGUUCCAGCAUGACAAUACCCCUGUGCACGAAGCCAGCUCCAUGAAGAUAUGCUUUCCAUAUAAUGUAUAUCUACACACACACAUUCAUUCAUUUAUUCCUUCAUUCAGUGCUACCUUGUUUUUAAUCACGUUGUACCAAAAAUGUAUUAGUAUUACAGACAGUACAGUUUUUAUAUACUCACACUUAUUACUCUGCCUCUUCAUUAUAAUGUAAUAUAUAUUUUUUACUAAUCAUGUGCUAAUAAUAAAGAACAGGCUUAUAUCAUGAUGCUCUGUAGUGAUCCAUCUGGAAGGUAGACUUUCUACAUAAGCUGCGUUCUGGACCAGUGAUUCCAUGAUAAAUCGUAUAAAAGCUGUCAAAAUGUGAUCAUUCGCUAGUCUUCCAUCAGCGUGACAUGCUUGGAGAAUAAAUGACAAGCUUGGAGUAUAUGUGUAAAAUUCAUAUGAUCAAAUCUUCUUUAUGUUGUUUUUGUUUGUGCUAUUUUCUUGAAUUACAUCUCAGAGAACUGCAUGUUUCAUGAUAACUGAUUUGUAGCAUGAUUUAUAUAAACAUAGCUUUCAUGGAAUUUAAAUAUAUACCCUUUCCUUUCAUGGAACCUUUUGUAAUGUAUUACUGUAUUAACAGGUUCUAAUAAAAUGCCAUACACAUCGCCGGAGAGGGUUUCUGAAACGAAA